AUGAUCAAUUAUUACAAUAAUAAUACAAGUGAUAAUUUCAUUAUUGAACAAAUUUUAUUAGAUUCAUUUAGUCAAUCUUUUAUUAUUGAAUUGGAAAAUGAAUUUAAUAAAAAGAAAUUACAAGAUGAUGAUUUUAAUACUACUACAUCUACUACUAAUACUACUACAUCUAAUAUUACUACAAAUAAUAACAAAUUAUAUACACAUAGUUCAUUAAGAUUUGCUAUUGAAACAUUUAGAGAUUGUUUAAAUAUUAAAUGUCAAGAUAAAACAAGUAUUUAUAAAUUAUUUAUAUUAAUGCAUCAUCCAUUAAUUGUUGAUAAUAUUCAUUCAUUAGUACAUAAUGAAAAAUAUAAACAAUAUAUUUUAAAUAAUACAAUUUCACAUAAAUAUGAAGAAAUGACAAUUUAUUUAUUAAAUGAAUUGGUAAAUAAUUCAACAUUUAAUAGAAAGGCAAUUUCAUAUUCAAUUAUUUCAUUAAUUUUAUUUAAACAUUCUAAACAUUCAACAAGAAUUUUUGAAUUAAUUUCUAAAGAAUUACAUUCACAUUAUUAUUUAUUAUUUGAAAGUGAUGAUUAUAAUUUAACUGAUUUUAUUGUUUAUAAUAGAAAUAAUUUAGAAGAACCAUAUCAUGAUUUAGAUACUGAAGUUAACAAACAUCCUAUUUUUAGACAAUCUAAUUCUAUUCCAUUUAUGAAUGAAAAGGAAACUAUUAAAUAUUAUAGAUAUCAUUUAACUGAUAAAGAAUGGGAAGUUAUUCAAAAUAAGGAAAAGACUAUUAAAAAGAAUUUACAAGAAUCUAGAAAACAAUUUGUUAAAGAAAAUAUGUUAAAAAAGGAAAAUAUUGUUAAACAAUCUAUUCAAAAACAAGUUGAUAAGAUUCAACAUUUAUUAUCUUUAAUUAAUGAUAUUACUCUUUUAACAAAUGGUGAUAAAGUUUCAAUUGAUAUUAUUACAACAAGUUCAUUAGAUGAUGAUAAUACAUCUAUUAGUAAUAUUUCAGAACAUUCUCAUAUUACAUCUAAUACUACUUCUUCUAAUACUACUUCAUCUAAUACUACUACUUCUAAUACUACUACUUCUAAUACAUCAAAUGAUAAAGUUGAAGAACAUCAUAUUCGUACACAUUAUAUUAAAUUUGCUUGGUCAUUAUUAUUAUUUAAUGUAACAAGUUUAUUAGAUAAAUAUAAAUAUUUUGCACCAAUUUCAUCACAAGCAUUUAAUAUAUUAAAGAAUGUUAAUAGAAAUACAUUGGUACAUUUAGAUUUUGCUAAUGAUUCACAACCUAAAACAACAAGUAGAAGAAAGAAUACAGUUUCAAAUGAAUGUAUUGCAGAAAUGUUAGCAAUUGCAACAUUCCGUAUUAAAAAUAUGUUUAAUAAUGAAAGUGGAGAAUAUGAAGAUAAAUUAACACGUUAUAUUCCAACACAUGAUAAUAAUGUAACAUUUGGAGAUUAUAUUAUUCAUAAAAUUAGAUUACAAUUUCCAAACAUGUUAGAAUCUGAAGAAUUUACAUGUUUAUUACCAUUAUUAGAAUCUAUUUUAAAUAGACAAUCAAUUAUUUCUAAACCAGAACAUCGUUUUGAAUCAUCUUCAUUAACAACAUGUAUGAGUAUUUUAUCAGCACAUGCAGGUAAAUCAGAUUUAACAAGUCUUAUUAGAAAUAAGGUAAUGGAAAUUUGUGUUAAUGAAGUUUUACCUUUUAUUCCACAUUUAAAUAAGCAAGGAUUUAAUUCAAUGAUGUCAAUGUCACCUUAUUUAAUUGAUGAAUUUAAAUCAAUGAUACAUUCUAUUAUGUAUUCUGAAAUGGAAAAUGUUAGAUUAUAUUGUUUAAAAACACUUUGUCAAUAUUUAACAAAGGGUGAUUUGAAAAAGUUAUCAUUAAAUACAUUGGAUGAUAUUAAAUUUAUUUUAUAUUAUUCACAAUUUGAUACAAGUGAAGAAUGUAAAGUUUUAUCAAAACCAUUCAUUCAAAAAGAACAAUUUAAAUCAAAUUUAAAUCAAGUUAUUGAAAAAUCAAUUCCUUUAAUUACAUGUGAAACUAAAUAUGAUUCUUAUUAUUCUAGAAAUAAUUCAUGUUUAACUAUAACAGGUGCAUUAAAAGAAUUAAUUGGAUCUGAUACAAAUAUUUCAAUGAAAAAAGGUGAUUCAAAUUCUUUACUUGUUCAAUCUAUUUUAAAUAGAGUUAUUAAAACAUUUAAAGAAAAACAAUUAAAACUUGAAAAUGAAAAGAGUUUUGAACCUUUAAUUACAAUUUCAUGGUUAUUACAAGAAAUUUCACCAUUUACAAAAUAUGAAUUGAAAUUAUUAUUUGAUUUUAUUGUUAAUGAUGGUUUUAGAUUAAUUGAAACUAAUUUAGAAUCAUGUUAUCAAGAAUUAUUAGAUGAAAUGGUUAAUAUUGGUUUAGCACUUGUUUAUAAUCAUGGUAAACAUGAUGCAAAUUUAUUAAUUGAAUUAUUUGAUGGAUAUAUUAAUCAAUUACAAAAAACAUCAAAUGAUUUUGCAACAGCAACUGUUGUUGUUUGGUAUGGAAGUGUUUCAAAAUAUUUUAAUGCACAAACACAUAUUCAAAAGAUUAAAAAAGCCAUUGAUCAAUUAAUUGAUACAUUAAUUAUACCUUCAAAUUCAGUUCAAAAAUCAAUUAGUGAAGCAUUAUCACCUUUAAUUCAAAAUAUUUAUGAAAAGGAACAAGAUUAUAUUCAUAAUGAUUUAAUUAAUAAGAGAUUAUUAUCAUUUUUAUUAUAUGGUACAACAACAUUAUCAAAUGGAAAGAAUAUUCCAAAUAAUUAUGGUGUUAAACGUGGAUUUGCAUGGGGAUUAGCAGGUGUUUUAUAUGGAUGUGGAUUAUUAGAUUUAUAUCAAUAUGGUAUUUCACCAAUGAAUCAAUAUUUAACAAAUAAUAAGGCAGAUAAAAAAGGUAAAGAAGGAUGUAUGUUAGCAUUGGAAUGUAUUUCACAUCGUUUCCAAAAUACAUUUGAACCAUACAUUGUUGAAGUAAUGCCUGUUAUUUUAAAUUAUGCAUUAAGUGAUCCAACAAAGGAAGUACGUUCAAGUGCAGAACAAGCUGUUUCAUCUAUUUUAUCACAAUUAACACCAUAUGGAGUAAUUCAAUUAUUACCUUCUGUUAUUCAACCUACAUCAAAUGAUAAUUGGAGACAAAAAGCAGCUAAUAUUAAAUUAUUAGGUCAUAUGGCAUAUUGUGCUCCAAGACAAUUAUCUUCCUAUUUACCAACUAUAAUUAAAAUAUUGAAAGAAGCAGUUAAUGAAACACAUCCAGAUAUUGUUGAAGCAUCAAAGAGAAGUUUAGAAAGAGUAGGUGGUGCAUCAAGAUCACCUGAAAUUUCUAAACAAGUACCUUUAUUAUUAGAUGCUUUAACAAAUCCAGAUCAAAAAACAAUUGAUAAGGUUUUAGAAUCUUUAUUAUUUACAAGAUUUACACAUUCUAUUGAUAGUGCUUCAUUGGCACUUUUAAUGCCAGUCUUGACACGUGCUUUAACAGAACGUUAUACAGAUAUUAAAAAGAAGGCAUGUCAAAUUAUUGGAUCAAUUAGUGCUUUAAUUUUAGAUCCAAAGAGAGAUUUAUUCCCAUAUAUGGUUGAUUUGAUACCAAUUUUAAAGAAUAUUUUAAUGGAUCCAAAUCCACAAGUACGUGCAUCAUCUGCUAAAGCUAUAGGUCAAUUAUGUAAAUCAGUUGGUGAAGAUAAUUUAUCAGGUGUCAUGUCAUGGUUACAUGAAAAAUUAAUUCAACAAGGUGAUGAAUAUGUAACUGAAAGAUCAGGUGCAGCACAAGCUUUAUGUGAAGUUAUUUCAGCACAAGGUGUUUCACGUUUACAAAAAUCUUUACCAUUUUUAUUAUCACAAAUUGAAGGUGAUUCAGUUCAAGAAGGUUAUAUGCAAGUUUUUGUUUAUUUACCUGCUUUAAUGAAAUCACAAUUUGAACCAUUCUUGGAAAUGUGUUUACCAAGAAUUUUGAAAGCACUUUCACAUUCUAAAGAAGGUAUUAGAGAAACAUCAUUACAAUCAUCACGUGUUAUUGUUGAAUUAUUUACUGAUAGUGCAAUGAAUAUUCUUGUUCCUGCAUUACGUGAAGGAUUAGAAUCAGAAGAAUGGAGAACACGUUAUAAUUGUUUAAUUUUAUUAACAGAUUUAUUAACACGUAUGACUACAUUAUAUGGUAAUUCAGAUGAAAUGUCUCAUUUAGAUGAAAAUCCAAUUCAAUUAACUGUUAUUGAAAGAGUUUUAUCAUUGGAAUUAGUUUCACAUAUUAUUGCAUUAACAUUUAUUGCAAUUCAAGAUAUUAAUUUGAAGAGUAUUGCUAACAAAUUAUGGAAAGAUAUGAUUGCAAAUACACCAAGUACAUUGAAGAAUCAUUUAACUUGUAUUACUGAUUGUAUUUUGAAACAUUUAAAUAUGAGUGAAGAUCAACGUUUUAUUGCAGGUAAAGCAUUGGGUGAAUUAGUUGUUAAAUUAGGUGAACGUGUUGUUGGUGAAUUAAUUCCAAUGUUACAUCAACAAUUAUUAGAUAUUGAUUCAAAUCCUGAAAAGAGACAAGGUGUUAUUUUAGGUGUAACUGAAUUAAUGUUAGCUGCAUCUGACAAACAUUUACAAACUUAUUCUAUCAAAUUAAUUCAAAUUGUAAAGAGAGGUAUUUGUGAUGAUGAUUCAACUGUACGUGAUGCUGCAUCAUCUGCAUUUGAUGUUUUAUGUAGAGUUAUGGGUGAUCGUUGUGUUAAGGAAAUUGUACAACAAUUAUUACAAGAUUUGGAAAAGACAACUAAUGAAAAAUUAGUUGAAAUUGCUGCAUCUGGUAUGCAACAAUUAGUACGUGUUAGACCACAAAAUGUACUUCCAAAAUUAAUACCUGCUCUUUUAUCUACACAUUCAUCUUCUAAUGGUUUAUUAACAGAUACACAAUUGAGAACAUUGGGUGAUGUAUGUGAAAGUGUUUAUGAAAAUGAUCAUUUAGAUGAAAUGACUGAAUUUAUUUUACCAAUGAUUGAAAAACUUGUAACACAAUUAUCAAUUUCUCCAUAUAUUGAUAGUGUUACAAAUGUUGCUGAUGAAUCAAUUUUAAUUUUAAGAACUAUUACAAAAGUAUUAGAAUGUUUAAAUAUUCAAGAAAGUUAUACUAUAUUUGAAUUAAUUAAGAGUCAAAUGACAUCAAAUGAUAUUAAAGUUAGACGUGCAGCUAAUUUAUUCAUGCAAAUGAUGUUUAAUCCUUCACAAUAUAAUGAAGAAAAUUUAACAGAAGAUUUUAUUAAUGAUGAAUUAUUACCAAUUUAUGAAGAUUUAAUUACAUCAUUUAAUGAUCCAGAUGAUAAUGUAGUUAAAUGUGCAUGGUAUGCAGUUGAAAAAUUAAUUUCCAAAUGUUUAUCAAAGGAAGUACAUUAUAAUGAUUUUAUUCAACCAACACGUGAAAAUAUUCGUAAAUUAACACAAGUAUCAUCAACAGGUGAAUUAAUUUCUAUUGAUUUACCUGCAUUUAAUAAGAUACCAAAAGGUAUUGAACCAAUAUUGAAUUUAUAUUUACAUGGUUUAUUAUUUGGUAAAACACCAGAAUCACGUGAAAAUUCAGCACUUGGUAUUGGUGAUUUAAUUUGUAUGACAUCAUCUAAACAAUUAUCACCAUAUGUUAUUAAAAUAACAGGUCCAUUAAUUAGAGUUGCAGGUGAUCGUUUUCCAUGGAGUGUUAAAGCAGCUAUACUUCAAACAUGUAGUUCUUUAAUGGAUAAGGGUUCAAUUAUGUUAAAACCAUUCCUUCCACAAUUACAAGCAACAUUUAUUAAGGGACUUCAAGAUUCAAGUGCUUCAAUUUUAAGAAAAUUAUCAGAACAAUCAAUUCCAAAAUUAAUUGAUUUAGGAUGUAGAAUUGAUUCACUUGUUUCUGCUUUAAAUGUUGCAUUAAAAUCUAAUGCAUUAUCAGGUAAAGGAAGUGUUAAUGAUUUUGUAAUUUCAAUUACAAGAACUUUAACAAGUAUUUUAACAUUGGCAUGUGAUCAAGAUAAAGUUAAAGGUGUUCCAUUUGAUCAAUGUAUUGAUACAUUGAAAAAGACAUUGGCUUUAUGUGAUUCUACUGAAUGUGCUAAUUCAAUCCUAUCUAAACAAGCUGUACAACAAGAUUCAGAUAGAAUUCUUGAUAUUACAAGUCAAUGUUUAGCUAUUUGUUCACGUGGUUUAUAUUUACAAAAAGAUAAUUCUAUUAUUGAUUUUAUUAAUCAAACUAUUUCACAACCUGAUAAUUUAUAUGUUACAUUUAUUGUAAUGGCUUAUUGGAGUAUUGAUAAAUCUUUAUCUUCACUAGUUUUAGAUAAAGUUUUAUCUAAAAUUAUUGAAAUUUCACAAACUAUUCAAUCAACUCCACAAUUUGCUAAAAUUGCAAUUUCACUUACAAAAGCUGCAACUUUAAUUGUAAUUUCUAAUAAUGAAUGUGCUAUUGAUUUAUUACCUAUUAUUAAAUCACAAUUUGAAAAGGCUGCUACUUCAACUGCUAAUGCUUUAAGAUAUGAAGUUGCUAAAUGUGUAAAGAAAUUAAUCAAAUCAUAUCGUGAAAAGUAUCAAACUGAAAAGAUGUUUGAUUUUGUUGAUUCACUUUUACAAAUUGGUAUUAAGGAUAAAUUCAUUCCUGCUAAAUUAUGUAAUGAGAGAAGUUUAUUCUAUGUAUUAGGUUUUGCUGAUAAUGAUCAUUUACGUUCAAUUUCUGAAUAUUGUUCAUUUAAGAAAUUAAAUCCAAAGGAUUCUAAAUUCAUUGAAGACUAUGGCGCAAAGGUUUUAAUGAAAUUAUCUCCAGAAGAUUCUGAUUUGGAAGCUGAAGAAGAGGAAGAAGAAAGAUUUUACGAAUAAUUCUUCUUAUUAAUAUUUGAUCAAUAAAAUAAUAUGAGGUGACUGUCUCUUAAU